AUAGCGAUCAACGAGGGACGAAUAGUUCUCUGGGUGAACGAGAAAGGAAAAGAAAUAAAAACUAGAAGAACUGAGAUCGAUAUCUCGGUCACAACCUAUUUUCAGUCUCUAUUGGAGACUGCACAUGAGGAAAUAGGUGUAAGAGCUGAUGUCAACUGUGAAGAUUGCGUAUUAAGAAACCCAAGUGUUAAAAAGUUAUCAGAAAAAAGAUCCAAUAAGCCAACGUCUCAUUCCUCAUAUUUUGAGACAAACUCGUUACAAACAUUUUACAAUGUUGUCAUAGACCCUAUAAGAGACUUCCUCCAGGGCGAUGAGGUUGUGAUUGUUCCACAAGGACCUCUGUGUUUGGCGCCUUAUGCUGCUUUCAUGGACUUGAAGUCAAAGUACCUCUUCGAAACUUUUAGAAUUCGUCUGCUUCCCUCACUUUCUAGUCUUCGAUUAAUCCAAAAUUGUCCCUCAGAUUGGCACAGGAAGACAGGCGCCCUUCUAGUCGGUGAUCCUUGGGUACAGCAAAUACGUUAUCAGAAGAAACUAGAGCAGUUAAUUUGGGCCGAAAAAGAAGUUCGGAUGAUCGGGAAAUUGCUUCAAACUCUCCCUCUUAUCGGAAAGCAGGCAACAAAAGAUGAAGUUUUAAGGCGUAUCUCCUCGGUUGCUUUGGUGCACAUUGCUGCUCACGGUGAUAGGGAAACAGGGGAAAUUGCCUUAACCCCAAACACAACACGUUCAUCCCAGAUUCCAGGCGAGGAGGAUUAUCUCUUAACUAUGAAAGAUGUUUUAAAGGCGCAGAUUAGGGCAAGACUUGUUGUACUUAGUUGUUGUCAUAGUGCUCGGGGAGAAGUCAAACCUGAGGGUGUGGUCGGCAUCGCACGGGCAUUUUUGGGUGCUGGUGCUCGUUCUGUUCUGGUGUCCCUUUGGGCGAUUGACGACGAGGCUACGAUGGAGUUCAUGGAAUUUUUCUACCGACAACUAGUCGAUGGAAGAAGUGCCAGUGAGGCUCUAAAUAAAGCCAUGAAAUCUAUGAGAGAAUCUGACCGCUUUAGUGCAGUGAAGUACUGGGCACCGUUUGUUCUCAUUGGUGACGACGUGACGCUUGAGUUUGAGGGCAUCAAAUAA